AUGAAGGCCGAUGGUACAUGGGGUGAUCACGUGAUUCUCCAUGGUGCGGCAAAUUGCUUUGAUACCUGCAUUCACGUGAUCAGCAGUCAUCAUCGUGAUGUACUGAUUAACCCACAACGUGAAGAUGUCGACGGUAACCGGCUUGUACUGGGACACUUAUGUGAGCUUCACUAUGUUAGCCUUAUUCCACGUAAAUAACCUGAAGGUAAUUCACCUCUUGCCUUGUAAUGUUAGAUUUAAAAAGACACUUUAACAAAUAGAAGUUGUUGUUGUUUUGAAGUGGCAGUAUGUUAUGUCAAAUUUUUGCCGCCUGUCGGAAGUCUUCGUUGUAGUCAUUUAUUUAGUAACGACCUGUGCAGAAGGAACAUAUCUCCACAGCGUUCUGAGCCCUUUUGUUAAAACUUAUGAUUUUAUUUUGGCCAACAAGCCCAAAAAUAGAACGGAAGUAAAUCUGUCAAGCAAACUACAAAAACUUGGUUUCCCAUUGUCACACUUUGUUUUCUCCGUUCAAAAAACUCGCAGUCUUAUAUUAUCAGCUUUAAAAACUCUCCGCCUCGCCUCGCAUUUUUAUCCUGAUAAUACAAGACUGCGAGUUUUUUGAACGGCUUCAAAAUCUCUGAUAAAGAUCAACUCAUUCUUGCACUAAUAUUUAGAUUUGGGGUUGUCUUGGUUUAAAAUAAUAAAACCUAAAGUUUAGCCCGGUCUUUAUCAGAUAUAAAGACACUCAUUAAACAUUUAUUUCUUUUGUUUUUUUCUUAUGAAUUAUUAAUCGAUUUUGGAAUUUUCAUCUCGCGACAUAUUAAGGCAAACGACUCAUAAAAAACAACUCUAGGUUAUGAAUACAUCAUUACUUUUUAGACUUAUGGACAGUAAAGCGCCAGAAACGCAGAUUAGAAACGGACGAAGAUGAUGCUCAUUUGGAUUGGGGUAAGGAUACAGUAAUGAUUUUUGGUAUCAGAAAGGUAGAUUUGCUACAAGUCGCCUCUCAUAAGUUCUUAAAAGUGAGCGAAGUGAGCUUCAAUGCAUGAGGUCGCGGGUUAUCAGCCGAAGCCGAAGGCUGAGGCCGAUAAACCUUUACUGAGACCUUGAUCAUUCUGAAUAUCACAAAAACCGGAUCUAAUAAUUGUUUUAUUAUACAUUGAACGAAUCCUUUCUUUCUCGCUGCGACAUGAAAUGUUUUCACAGUUUGUGCCAACUCUUCCUUUUCCUCAAGUUCUCUCAGUUUUUUAUCUUUCACAUAAUCAACAAACAGCUCCUUUGCCACCUUCGUCGACCUUUUUGUGUUUGUGAGUCCUUGUGUUCAACUUUUUUUUUCGAUGUCUUGCUGGGUCAACGAAGCAAACCUGGAAGUCUAGUUUUUGCUUCUUCACUGACGGCAAGCAACACAAAGCGCGCGAACUUGACAUGAUUACCUUUAGAAAUCAUUCACCGCGGUCAUACAUGACAUGAUUACCCGUGACCUUGAGUGUCCUUGACAUGAUUUUUGUAUAAUCUGCAGCUAGAUGAUGUCCCAGGCGCUGAUUUCGAAAAUUCCCUGUACGCUUUCGGCCAAUUAGAAAAGAGAUAGUGAGUUGUAUGUAUAAUAAUGGCAAAUGUCUGUUAUUUUUUGUUAUCUAAAGGUGGAGAGAAAAACAAGAAACACAAAUCAGGCAAGAAGUAGAUGUUAGCAGUGAGACAGAUACAGAAUGGUACCCGGUAAAAACGGCGGGGAUUAAAAGAAGUAAAUAGUUUUAUAUUUUUCUAAAGAUUUACGCAUAAAUUAAUAUUCAUAUUUGACAGGGUCGAAAAAGCUUGUUUUUUUCUGUUGGUGUUUGCAUUUUCCCACAUUGCCAGUGUGAAAAAUGUAAAAAUGCAAAAAACAAAACUUCUUUCUUUACAGUGAAUUAAUAAUAAUGAUAAUGACGUUUAUUAUUGGGAUGUUUCGUAGCAAACUGUAUAGCUUUUUAGCAAAAUGUGAUGAUAAAAUAGAUGUUCACGGCAUAUAAUUUAUUGGAAAAGAAACAUUCACGAUAGUAAUGUCACUAUUUUUAGUUGAAUUAUAGCAACUAAAUUUUUUAACAAAUUACUCCUGUAUCAGGAUGUUCAUUACGAAUCUUUGUAUAUAUUUAUUUGUUCUUAAUUGUGAUGUUUCUUAUUAGACUGUAGAGCUUUUAGCCAAAUAUUUGUUUAAAAUGAAGACUUUAAAAAUUUAUUUGAAAAGUGACGUUCAUGUUAGUUUAGGGUGUUUCUUACCAACCUGUAAAUAUUUUUAGUUGAAUUAUAGCCUUUAGUUAGAACUUUUUAUAUGGGAUCUAUCUUGUAUCAGGAUGUUCAGUCAUCACCAAUCUCUAUAUACAUGUAUAUUUAUUUCGUCAUUGGGAUAUCUCCUGUCAAACUGAAGCGUUUUUAGCUCAGAAUUGUAAAAACAAUAUUCCUUCAGAAUUUAUUGGAACCGUUUGGCUUUAUGGAAACUGCCUGUAUCAAGUUGUUUCUCGCCAGUCUCUGUAUAUUUUUCAGUUUAAAAUACUGUUGAUUUGAAUUUGCUAGAGUUCUUUUCUGUCAGGCGAAGUUCCUGAUCAGCCACGAUAAAAAUUUAUCUUAUUUCCUAAAUGUCAUUCAUGUCUCAGUGAAUGAACGUUACUUUCCAAUCUGACAAAAUAUCUUCCGUUUAAUGAUGUUCCAUAAGAAUUUAUCCAUAAGGAAUAGCUAUGAUAAUUGUCUUUCUCUCGAUGUCCAUUAGGCCCCAUCCACACGUAUGGGGAUAUUUUUUAAUCCGAAACUUUUUCUUUCCGGAGACGGCUUUCGUCCACGCGUAUCCGGUGUAUCCGGCAGAGGAAUCCGCAACUUUUUUGCAUACGCUCUCCAGAGUGGAAAUUUUUGAAUCCGCUUUAAAUCUGUAUCCGGAAACGGUUAUUAGUUACUGCUAAUGAACAGCACGUGCAACAAUUUUACCAACUGGAUCUGAAUCCAGACAGCAAACUUAAUGUUUUGGAAGAAAAUCAAACAUACAUACAUGAGGCAGGUAUAAUCUAUCUAAGUCCACUAAAAAGUUAACGUUGGUAGUGAAUUGAAACGGUAGUAUUCUGAAUACAUCACUAGAUAUAUACAGAUAUAUAUGCUUAAGGCGUCUGAAUGGGCUCAGACCCUAAUACGAAUAAAUAAAGGUCUUUCUCUCUUGCACAAAACACGCUGACGACUGUUGUAACCCACUGCUAAUGAACACUGCAACAAAUUUAUCCUAGAACCUGGAUGGGAAUCAAGAGGGCCACCUUAAUUUUUUUUAAUAAUACGUAAACAGAGAGGUAUGAAUAAUCACAUCUGCAUCACUAACAUCAAAGCUAACACUGGUGAUAAAUUUUAAUCGUACCAUUAUGAAUACUCACCACUUCAUAAUGAAGUAAUUACGUACUAUUCGUAACGUAUGAUUAUCGUAUUGUCAAUCAUAAUUUGCUCGCCAGGUGACGGAAGUUGCAUUUUUGUUCAAAGUGAGAAACUUAAUCUUCAUAGGGAAGCGAGUACAUGUACGAUCAGAGUAAUGUUACUAAAAACACUCUUAACUGUUAUUGGUCACUCCUAAUGAACAGUGAACUACCAACGUCACCCUCUGGGUCUUCUCGAUGCCAAUAUGGUGACGGUAGGAGAGAAGACCCUCUCACACAGCCAAACUUAAACAAUCGCUGAUUGGUUCCCUCUAAAUUUUAAGUUUCAUUCUUACAUGGACGUCGAUUGGUCGACACCUCUCUUUAGAGUUCUUUCUCGACAGUUGCUCGCCAAAUAAAUUGCAAAUUGCAAUCCCCGUACGCAUGAAACUCAAAAUAGUGUGUCACUCAAUGUACUUGAAACCAGUUCCAAGCCGCUGCCAUUUGGGUGUUCAGUGGUGAAAGCUUCGAGAACAACUUGCAAUGGUGAUGCCAAAAUAAAAUGAUCAUAUUGAUGCUCUAGUAAACCGAAGAGAAGUUCAAGACCUUUGAGCAGGAUGUGGUUGUUUUCUUUUGUUAUUUCGAAGAUCACCGAUCCAGAAUCCCCAUCUGCUGCAAAACGCCUUGUCCCCUGUUGGAUGCACAGGCACCUUUUAAACCUUUUCGAUUUGGUCGCCAUGGCUACAGUGACGAGGUGCUCCACUUUUAA